AUGAAAAUGGCACCUCGCAGAGAGAGCUUCGACAACAUCUACUUGGACCUGUCCAAGGAGAACGGCAAAUGCAGGUUCGCUGAUACAGGUCUCGGUUGGAAGCCCGCCGGCGGCGGAGAGCCGUUUACCCUCGACGUGAGCAACAUCGGCGGCGCACAUUGGAGCAGAGCUGCGAAAGGCUACGAAGUCAAGAUUCUGCUGCGCAACUCCGGCAUCGUUCAGCUCGAUGGAUUUCAACAAGAGGAUUACGAGCGCCUCAACAAGAUCUUCCAGAACUGGUACAGCCACAAGCUCGAGAACCGAGAGCACUCCUUGAGAGGCUGGAACUGGGGCAAAGCAGAAUUCGGAAAGGCCGAGCUCACAUUCAACGUUCAGAACAGACCAGCCUUUGAGGUGCCUUACACUGAGAUCUCCAAUACGAAUUUGGCCGGUCGCAAUGAGAUUGCCGUCGAGUUCGCCGUCAACGAGGACGGCAAAGCAACGAACGGCCACGGUGGCAAGGGCAACAAGGCCUCUGCAGGCAAAGACCAACUUGUGGAGAUGCGUUUCUACAUUCCGGGCACCACCACCAGGAAGGAGGCUGAGGGCGAGGAUGCUGGCAGUGAUGCAGAUGAGGAGGAGAAGAACGCAGUCAACCUGUUCUACGACACCCUCAUCGAGAAGGCCGAGAUCGGCGAGACGGCAGGCGAUACCAUUGCGACAUUCUUGGACGUGCUGCAUCUGACACCAAGAGGACGUUUCGACAUCGACAUGUAUGAUGGCUCAUUCCGUCUGCGUGGCAAAACUUAUGACUACAAGAUUCAAUACGAGGCGAUUAAGAAGUUCAUGGUCCUUCCCAAGCCCGACGAGCUGCAUUUCAUGCUCUGUAUCGGUCUCGAUCCUCCUCUGAGACAGGGCCAGACUCGUUAUCCUUUCGUCGUUAUGCAGUUCAAAAAGGACGAGGAGGUAACCCUAGACCUGAACAUUACCCAAGAGGAGCUCGACGGCAGAUACAAGGGCAAGCUGGAGUCACACUACGAGCAGCCCCUCCACCAAGUGGUCAGCUACAUCUUCAGAGGUCUGGCCAACAAGAAGGUGACGACGCCAGCGAAAGAUUUCCAGACUCAUCGUGGUCAGAUGGGCAUUAAGUGUUCUAUCAAGGCCAGUGAGGGAUUCCUAUACUGCUUGGAGAAGGCAUUUAUGUUUGUACCCAAGCCGGCAUCCUACAUCUCCUAUGAACAGACCCAGUCUAUUACCUUCUCCCGUGUUGGUGGCGCAGUUUCUGCGCUGUCAACCUUCGACAUCACUGUGCACUUAAAGAACGGUGCCGGUUCAUCACAAUUUAGCAACAUUAACCGAGAGGACUUGAAGGGUCUCGAGAGCUUCUUCAAGCUCAAGGGUCUUCGCGUCAAGAACGAGAUUGACGAAGACGCAAAGAUCAUCGCGGCGGCCCUCAGAGAUGAGGAGAUGCUCAGUACCGAUGAGGAAGUGGUUGGCCCCAAGGCCGACCGGGGCUCCGCAGAUGAGGAUGAGGAAUCUGUUGACGAAGACUUCCAAGCAGAGUCAGACAGCGACGUGGCAGAAGAGUUCGAUUCGGACCACGAGAGCUCAGGAACCGGCAGUGGCUCGGAUGCCGAGAGUGACGUCGACAACCAGGUGGAGGAUGAGGAUGAGGACGAAGAGGAAGAAGAGGAGCGACCCAAGAAGAAGAAGAAGUCUUCGUGA